AUGGCCUCAGCUAUUUCCACUGCUGACUUCGGUUUGGUCCCUUUCUUCCAGACACCCCUAAAGAAGACGAAUGCCCUCAUUGCGCAGAUGGGAAUAACCUUCCUAAAUGCAUACGUUCCCAGUGCACUUUGCUGUCCCAGCCGAGCUAGCAUUUUAACAGGAAAAUAUCCACAUAAUCAUCACGUUGUCAAUAACACUCUGGAAGGAAACUGUAGCAGCAAGUUAUGGCAGAAGAUUCAAGAACCAUACACCUUCCCAGCGGUGCUCAAAACUAUGUGUGGUUAUCAAACGUUCUUUGCUGGAAAGUAUUUGAAUGAGUAUGGAGCAGAGGAUGCAGGGGGCGUAGGUCAUGUCCCUCCUGGAUGGAGUUUCUGGUAUGCUUUGGAGAAAAAUUCAAAGUACUACAACUAUACUCUUUCAGUAAAUGGCAAAGCACGAAGGCAUGGCGAGAACUACAGUGUAGAUUAUCUGACAGAUGUACUGGCCAACAUGUCAUUGGACUUCUUGGAGUAUAAAUCUAAUUUCGAACCUUUCUUUAUGAUGAUCUCCACCCCAGCACCGCACUCCCCUUGGACAGCUGCUCCACAGUACACGAAGAGCUUUCAGAAUGUCAGUGCACCAAGAAACAGCAAUUUUAAUAUUCAUGGAAAGAACAAGCACUGGUUAAUUCGACAAGCAAAGACUCCAAUGACUAACUCUUCAAUACAGUUUCUUGAUGAUGCUUAUAGAAAACGGUGGCAAACUCUGCUGUCAGUAGAUGACCUGAUAGAGAAACUAGUGAAGAAACUGGAGCUGAAUGGAGAAUUAGACAACACGUACAUCUUUUACACAUCAGACAACGGCUUCCACACGGGCCAGUUUUCUUUGCCAAUAGACAAACGGCAGCUGUAUGAGUUUGAUAUCAAAGUUCCAUUGCUAGUUCGAGGACCAGGGAUAAAACCAAAUCAGACAAACAAGAUGCUUGUUGCAAAUAUUGAUUUGGGUCCCACUAUCCUGGAUAUUGCGGGGUAUGACCUGAAUAAGACCCAGAUGGACGGGAUGUCACUAUUGCCGCUGUUGAGAGGAGACAAAAACGUGACGUGGCGAUCGGACUUCUUGGUGGAGUACCAAGGAGAAGGAUACAACGGCAGUGAUCCUACCUGUCCUGGCCUAGGACCUGGUGUCACACACUGCUUCCCAGACUGCGUCUGUGAAGAUUCCUAUAACAACACAUAUGCUUGUGUAAGGACGCUGUCCACUUCCUGGGAUCUGCAGUACUGUGAAUUUGAUGACCGGGAGGUGUUUGUGGAAGUGUAUAACUUGACUGCAGAUCCACACCAGAUCAAUAACAUUGCUAAAACAAUUGAUCAAGAAAUUCUAGAAAAGAUGAACUAUCGAUUAAUGAUGCUGCAGUCCUGUUCUGGAGCAACUUGCCGUACACCAGGUGUCUUCGAUCCCGGGUACAGGUUUGACCCACGGCUCAUGUUCAGCAAUCACGGUGUUCGGGCUCGGAGGUUUUCUGCACAGUCCUUGUAAGGCAUUGAAGGGCCUCUCGCAAUCGGCUCCCGCUGAGCAGUUUCUCCGGUGGCUGCAGCAGGUCUGUCUCCGUAACUCCCGUUGAUUGCAGCUGGAAGACUUUUAAUGGGCUACUCAAACCCUGCGUGGAAGAAAAAACCCUCGUCUUUGGCUGGUUGCCUUGUGCAAUAUGUAUAUUUUACAGCUGAACUCUAACUCUAAAUCGUUAGACACAGCUAAUCUGUCUUGCUCAGAUAGUUGAUUACCACCUUUGUCUUUCAAGUACCUUUUCAUAUCACAGGCACAGAGGUGAACCUAUGCCUAUGAAUCUGAACAGCUUCUUUUGUUCUAAAAAAUCAAUAAACGCAUAUUCGAGUCGGGUUAGAUAGGCAGGUGCUAUUGCACAGUAAUGCUCACCCAUGUUCAGUGUCAUAGACUUCCCUAAAAGCUGUGUUUAAUUAUAGGUUUCCUGUAUGGAGCUCAAAGCUGUUAAUGACAAUAGCAGACUAGCCCAAAAUAGCGUAGGAAGGCAUUAGUCAAAACUGUAGGAUCUGACUAGCGAGUGUCUUGUGCAGAAUCAAAAUCCAUAUGCUAAAUAUUCUCUUUCAACGAGACCACUUCAAAUGAGACCAAUGAAUUUUGUAGGAUGGCUUUGGUAGCUUGCAGACAAGAAUGUAAUUUCAACCUCCUUCUAGUUUGAAACGCUGGAGUGGGUUACUAUGUACUACUGACAAAACUCUUAGGGUUUGAUAUAGGCUUUCUAGUGAGUUAAGAGAAUGUUGAGACUAACAAGUGCUCAAAUAAGUGUGC